CAACCACCAUUUCCGCCCGGACCAUACGGCCUUCCUAUUCUCGGAUACCUCCCGUUUCUCAAAGCCAACUUGCACCACCAGUUCACACAAUUGUCUCACAAGUACGGCCCCAUUUACCGCCUCUGGCUCGGAAGCAAACUCUACGUCGUUGUAAGUUCGCCUUCGUUGAUAAAGCAGAUAGUUCGCGAUCAUGACUCGACAUUCGCGAACCGGGACCCGCCGGUUUCGGCCCUAAUCGCCACGGGCGGGUACGACAUCGUGUGGACGGCAAACGGUCCCUACUGGCGCGACAUGCGGAAGCUGUUCGUUCGUGAGAUGAUGAGCAACACCAACCUCCAGGCAUCCAACGUUUUCCGCACGGAUGAAGUGCGGAAGCUUAUCGGGAAUCUCGAUACCAAAAUCGGGAGUCCUGUUCAAAUUGGCGAACUCAAUUUUUUUCCGGUUUUGGCUAGGUUUGAUUUUCAGGGAAUCGCGAAAGAAAUGAGGGGUGUGGUGGUGGAGGUGGAACGAAUUUUCGAUUGUUUUAUUGAUGCGAAAGUCAAGACCAUGGCGGCCGGUGGUGGUAUGGAGGGUGAAGAAAGGAGUAAGGACUUUCUGGGAACUCUUUUGGAGCUCAAGGAUAAGCAACUCGGAGAAGGCUCAACAUUUGGUUUAACUCAAAUCAAGGCGAUUUUGAUGGAUAUUGUUGCCGACGGGAGCGAUACUACGGCAACGAUGGUCGAGUGGGUGAUGACCGAGCUUUUGCACAACCCGAGUAUAAUGCAAAAAGUGCAGCAAGAAGUAACAAAUGUUGUAGGAGCGAACAACGUCGUUGAAGAAUCCCACGUAUCGAAACUGCACUAUCUCGAAGCGGUUGUAAAGGAAACAUUCCGCCUACAUCCUCCAUUGCCACUCCUCGUUCCAAGGUAUCCGAGUGAAUCUUGCCCAAUCGGAGAGCACACAAUCCCAAAGGGGUCAAGGGUCUUCUUGAACAUGUGGUCAAUCCACAUGGACCCGCAUGUUUGGGAGAAUCCUUUAAUAUUUCGACCCGAGAGAUUUUUGAAUGAUAACUCUGAAAAUUUUGAUUUCAUUGGAAACAACGUUGAGUAUCUUCCGUUCGGGUCGGGGAGAAGGGUGUGCCCUGGUAUUCCGUUGGCUGAGAAGAUGGUAAUGUAUUUGUUGGCAACACUCGUUCAUACGUACGAGUGGGGGUUGCCAGAGGGACAAAAGAUUGACUUGUCGGAGAAAUUUGGGAUUGUUAUGAGGAAAGAAACACCACUCAUUGCUGUUCCUUAUCAUAAAUAACCAAAUAUGAACUUGUAUUCUAUGCAUAAUUAUAUUAUGUUUCUUGUAUCUAUCAUAUUAUCGGUCACUCUAUUCUA